AUCCGCAGAAGCCCUCGCUGUCUUUUCCUCUGGCACCGCGGCGCGCAGCGCUCUGCAGAGGCUUGGGAUCCAGAAAACGAGCGGGAACGCUCCGCUGCUGCAGCAACGGGACCAGCAGCGGUUUCCCGCCAGCUUCUUUCUUGUCUCUCUCUCCUACCCCCACCUCACUCUACCUCCCAGGCUGGAAAGACCCCCUUGCAGAAGUCACGCAGCCGUGCGCCCCCUACACACACACACACACAAACGCACAAACCCCUUGAAGGGACAGGAAAACGAAAGGGGAUUCCCACUCAGGAGCGAAGCGGGAUCCUAGCUGCCCAGCAGCUGCUGCUGCAACGAUGACGCGCCUGAGCUGGUGUUUUGCUUCCCUGAUCCGCUGGGGAAAAUACUUCUUCUCCUGCCUCCUGCCCCUGCGUUUCUGCCUGCACCGGGAGCCUCAGGACCUGGAAGCAUCCACAUCCCACACUUUCAAAGUGAAGAGUUUCAAGAAAGUAAAACCAUGUGGGAUAUGUCGACAGGCGAUUACCCGGGAAGGUAGUACCUGCAGAGGUUGCAAGCUGUCCUGUCACAAGAAAUGUGAAGCCAAGGCUGCCACACCUUGCAUGCCUGCUGGCAAUCAUGAGCUGCCAUCCACCGAAGAGAGCCCUGCAAAGCAUGUAGAUACCCCGGUAUUUUCAAGAUCCCCUCAAAUUAUGCAGGCACAACGUAAACCUUCAAGGAACUUGAGCCUAAACCAGGCCAUGGAAGACACUUGUGAACUAGACCUGGUAUAUGUCACAGAACGGAUAAUUGCUGUCAACUUUGCAAGUUUGUCGGAAGAACAAACCUUCUGCAGCAACCUGAAGGAGGUGGCUCAAAUGCUUAAAUCCAAGCAUGGGGACAGUUACUUGCUUCUUAAUCUGUCAGAGAGGAGGCAUGACAUCAGCAAGCUGCAUUCCAAGGUCCUGGAUUUCGGGUGGCCUGACUUGCACACUCCUGCCCUGGAGAAGAUAUGCAGCAUCUGCAAGGCCAUGGACACAUGGCUCAAUGCUGACCCGCACAAUGUGGUAGUGCUGCAUAAUAAGGGGAACAGAGGUCGAACAGGGGUUGUUAUUGCUGCUUACAUGCACUAUAGCAAUAUUUCAGCCAGUGCAGAUCAAGCUCUGGACCGGUUUGCCAUGAAGAGGUUUUACGAGGACAAGGUGAUCCCAGCUGGGCAGCCAUCUCAGAAGAGAUAUGUCCAUUACUUCAGUGGUCUGCUGUCUGGCACCAUCAAAAUGAACAACAAGCCCCUCUUCUUGCAUCAUGUCAUCAUGCAUGGAAUACCCAACUUUGAAUCUAAAGGAGGCUGCCGGCCCUUCCUCAAGAUAUAUCAGGCAAUGCAACCGGUCUACACAUCAGGAAUCUACAAUGUGCAGGGAGACAGCCAGACAAGCAUCUGUAUCACCAUAGAACCGGGACUCCUCUUAAAGGGAGAUAUUUUGCUGAAAUGCUAUCACAAGGAAUUCCGUAGCCCGACGCGGGAUGUAAUCUUUCGGGUGCAGUUCCAUACCUGUGCCAUUCAUGAUUUGGCUAUUGUCUUCAAUAAAGAGGACCUGGAUGAUGCCUUUAAAGAUGAGAGGUUUCCUGAGUAUGGGAAGGUGGAAUUUGUAUUCUCCUAUGGUCCCGAGAAGAUUCAAGGCAUGGAACAUUUAGAGAAUGGCCCAAGCGUCUCAGUGGACUACAACACAUCAGAUCCGCUCAUCCGCAGGGAUUCCUAUGAAAACUUCAAUAUACGUCGUGAAGACAGCAUGGAUGAAGUUGGGCACACCCAAGGACCUCUGGAUGGAAGCCUAUAUGCCAAGGUGAAAAAGAAAGACUCCCUUCACGGCAGCACUGGCACUGUCAACCCCAACCGGCUUGCCCUCUCUGCCGCCCCCAACCACAUUGAGCACACGCUGUCGGUCAGCAGUGAUUCAGGGAACUCAACUGCUUCCACCAAGACAGACAAGACCGAUGAGCAGGCAGCACCUUCGGUUCCCAGCAGCAGUGGAGGAAACAACCCUAUUCUGACCCCUGAAGAAAAGCGGGAGCUUGAGAGUUUGCUCAGUGGAUUUGGUUUGGAAAACGAAGCCACCAUGCACAACCACAGCCCCAGUGAGAUAACAGCGGCUGUUUCUGCUUCACCAGGCCGCCAUAUCAUACCAGCUCAGGUUCAUGUCAAUGGGGAAGCUGCUGGCUUAGUGGCCGAGAGGGAAACUGACAUUUUGGAUGAUGAGUUGCCCAACCAGGAUGGACACAGUGUGGGUAGCUUAGGUACCCUCUCCUCUUUCGAUGGCACUACCAACACCAGUGACAUUGGCUAUCAUGAGGCUCCCCGGAUGGAGAGCCUCAAUUCUUUACCCAAUGGUUCAUCCAAUUUCAAUGGCUUAGACAAGCUGCAUGACUCAGAGAUGGUUAUCAAUGGUGGUUAUCCCUACAACAACCAGAAUGCCUUGAGGAACAUUAUAGGACGUCACCCUCAUGAUGCUUACGCGCACAUCAGGCCCUCAGUGUCUGCCCAAGAAAAUCUGGCUGAUUAUCACCAGCAUGGCUUCCCCACUCCUGGCUGGUUACAACCCCAGCCACCAGCCUCCAGCCAGCAGUAUCCCUAUGGCUACGACUCAAAUAGCAUAUAUCGCUCCCAGUCCUUCCCCACAGCUACUGUUGAAAUCUCCCAGCUUCCUCAAGCACCAGCCCGGAGCACAAGUAGUCGAGAAGCUGUCCAGAGGGGGCUUAACUCUUGGCAGCAACAAGGUGGAGGUAGCAGACCACCAUCACGUCAACAGGAUGGUGCCCGAGACAGCCAUAGUUCCAGUCUUGCUAGUGCAAGCCCCCAAUCCAGCCCUUCACAAGCAGCACCCCCUCAAAGCAUAAGCAUCCCUGAAUUCCCUAGAGUUGCCUCCCAGAAGGAAAUAGAACAAUCCAUUGAAGCUCUCAAUAUGCUCAUGCAUGACCUGGAUCCCUCUGUCUCCAUGAUGCCUAAAUCCCAGAGUGUUCCAUUGGCUACCAGAGAAGACAGGCCGCACCCAGUAGCCCUUUCAAUGUCUGCCCAACCUGUGAUAGGACCUCACGUGGUGCAGCCAAAGGCUACCAAUGCUUUUGGCUUGAUUCCAGGAAGCCCUUCACAAAACUCCCUGGGCUCCAGUGUGCCCCAGAUGGCUGAACCAACGCCUAAAGUUCAUCCUAUGAAACUAUUGCUCAACAGUGUUGGAGAACCGGAGUAUCCAGCACAAGAUUUCAGAGAGGCCUAUUCUCCAUAUGGCUAUCAGAACCAACAGCCAACUGUAAUACAAGGAAAGAGCCUUGGGCAGAUGGCAGGAAGCCCACCCACAUCUCCCAGGCCUCAUGCAACAGCAUGCAAGGUCCUGGAAGGGCAGCAUCCUCUGCUGACAUCACCUCCUUCAUCCACAACAGCAGUCCAACCCCAGAUGCCCUUCAACGAGGCUGAGCAUCACGGAGAAGCUUCUCAGGCUUCAGAGGAAGAGCCUUUGCAUCUUGAAGGUCUGGUGGCUCACAGAGUAGCAGAAUACAACGCCAAACUCCGGGACCUCCGGAACAGCAUGAAAAGCCCCCAUCCUCCUCUUCACCGACAACGAUCCUUCUCCUUUUCUGGAUACUUGGCCCUUCUGAAUCCACCCAGAUCUGUCCUUAAAGGAGUGCAGCUGCCCCAGGAGAAGUCACCAGAGGAAGGUGAAGCCCUUGUCCGGAGACGUACCACCAGUGAGGGUCAAUACGAGAACAGUCCCCAAGAACCCAGUUCACCACGAAGCCCAACUGUCCGAUCACCAAUUCACUGUGUCUCACCAGAGGUGGUCAGCACCAUCGCUGCCAAUCCUGGAGGAAGACCUAAGGAGCCCCAUCUUCAUAGCUACAAAGAAGCUUUGGAGGAGUUUCAGGGGACCUCUCCAAGCAGUCCACCUUCCAGUGGUGGUGAGACUUCUCCCCCAACCCCUGCUUUCCCUGUCUCACCACAAACCCCUUACAGCAACCUGUUGCGCUCUCCACCAGGAUUGGCUAAAACUCCACUUUCAGCACUGGGGCUGAAACCUCAUAAUCCAGCAGAGAUUUUGUUGCAUCAGACAGGAGGGCCCCGGAGCUAUGUGGAAUCUGUGGCUCAUACAGCAGCAGGCAACAGCGGUGGGAGCGGAAGCAGCAUUGCUGGGAAGCUCCAGCCAUCUUUGGUUUCAGAGACCUACAGCACUGAGACACCUGUAAGGAAUGAGUCCCUCAACAAUUCUUUCACCUUGCCUAGCCCAGCCUCUGCCAGCAGCCCUAUACAUAGCAUGGACGGGAUCUCUAUUGGUAGUUACCCAUCAGAAAACAGUGCCAGCAUAGCCAUUUCCUCCCAGCCAUCUGCCGAGUCCAGCUUCCAAUCCACUAAUCUUUCUCAGGGUCCUUCAGCACACAGCAGUUACCAAAAUACAUCUACAUCAACUCAGGGCCUGCCGGUCUCUAUGAAUGCCGACUUCCCUGAUGGCCGAACCAGCACUCAACAAGAUAACCAUCCAAGGCCUCAAGCCCAGAUCAUUGCAUCUGGGGUCCAAGUCAUGCCUGGAAGCCCACAUGCCCUUCAUAGAACAGUAGCUACCAAUACUCCUCCUAGCCCAGGGUUUGGGCGAAGAACUGUUAGCACAAAUAUGGUGGCCAUUCCAGGAAGCCCAAGCAUGAACAGGCACUUAAUGGGUCCCCAUAGCACUGUUGUUUCAUCACCUGGGAGUCCAAGCCAUGCUCGACACCAGCCCUUAGCAGGGGGUAGCACAGCCAUGAUUUCUGGGAGUCCCAGUCUGGACCGACAUAUGAUAUGUGGGUACUCAACUCCAGAGGAAAAGCAACAAACACUGUCUCGCCAGAGCAGUGCUUCAGGUUAUCAAGCUCCCUCUACCCCAUUAUUUCCUGUCUCCCCUGCAUACUAUCAUGGAAUUAGCCCACAUUCCUCUUCCCCUGACUCGGCAGUAUAUAGACAGGGCAGCCCCACCCCACCCCAACCAUUGCUCCCUGAGAAAAGAAGGAUGUCAUCGGGGGAUCGAUCAAACAGCCUGCCCAACUAUGCUACAGUGAAUGGCAAGACUUCAUCACCCAUUUCCAGUGGCAUGUCCAGUCCCAGCAGUGGGAGCAGUAUGGCCUUUCAUCAUACUCUGCCAGAUUUUUCCAAAUUUUCAAUGCCAGACAGCAGUCCUGAAACAAGAGCAAAUGUAAAGUUCGUCCAGGAUACCUCGAAAUACUGGUACAAGCCAGAGAUUUCCAGAGAACAAGCCAUUGCAUUGCUAAAAGACAAGGAACCAGGGGCCUUCAUCAUUCGAGACAGCCACUCUUUCCGGGGAGCCUACGGACUGGCCAUGAAAGUAGCUUCACCGCCUCCAGGUGUUAUACAGCAGAGCAAGAAAGGAGAUAUCACCAAUGAACUGGUAAGACACUUCCUGAUAGAAACCAGCCCUAAAGGUGUGAAACUAAAAGGAUGUCCCAAUGAACCCAAUUUUGGUUGUCUCUCUGCUCUGGUGUAUCAGCACUCAAUCAUGCCUCUGGCAUUGCCUUGUAAGCUGGUCAUUCCUGACAGAGAUCCUAUGGAUGAAACAAAAGAAACAACAUCAUCCAGCAGCUCAGCAACUGAUUUGCUCAAACAGGGAGCAGCCUGCAACGUGCUGUUUAUAAACUCGGUGGAAAUGGAAUCAUUAACAGGCCCUCAGGCCAUCGCCAAAGCAAUCACUGAGACACUGGCUGCCGAUAUCCCUCCCUCUGCUACUAUUGUCCACUUUAAAGUCUCCACACAAGGCAUCACCUUGACAGACAACCAGAGGAAGCUGUUCUUCAGACGACAUUACCCUAUCGUUACUGUCACUUUCUGCGAUGUGGACCCACAGGACAGAAAGUGGACUAAAUCAGAAUCUGGUGGUGCUGCCAAACUCUUUGGCUUCGUGGCUAGGAAACAAGGCAGUACGACGGACAACGUUUGCCACCUCUUUGCUGAGCUGGACCCAGAUCAGCCAGCGGCUGCCAUUGUCAAUUUUGUUUCCAGAGUUAUGCUUGGCUCCUCUCACAAGAGAUGAACUGUGGCUUCCCCCUUUGCAGGGGGCUUCUUGCCCUUGAAUUUUGACGAAGGACUUGGAGUUGUUCCGAGAAGUAGUGUGAGGAAGUGCAUCGUGAAGGAGUGAUGUGAACUGAUGAGGGGGGGGAAGGGGAAGGUUUAUAUAUAUAUAAAAAGCGAUCUGAAUUGUUGGAAGGCUGAAACCAACCAAACACAUGUAUGUAGCAGAAACCAAGGAAUUGACACCAUUGUCUUUCCCUGCCAAGAUCAAGAGAUGGAAACAAUUUUGGCUUUUGGAUCAGCACAAAAAUCAGAGAAUUCAGCCCCACAGGCCAAAGUAUGAAAUCUUAGUAAUCUUUGUGGGAUAGGUCUAUCUAGUAGUUGCUUGUUUAGAAAAUAAGGCAAAACGAAACCGACUCAAAUACCCAUGACUAUAUGAGCUUCAGGAAAUAAUAUCCAGAGAGAUGCUAAAAUCAUUUUUAAAAGCAAAUGCUCCCGGUUCAACUACUGCUGAAAGUAUGAAGUAUGUCUGAAUGAGUGUGUGUGCACAUGCAUGUGGUAUGUCUGUGAUAUGCAUAUAUUUCAGUAUUUAACGUGAGGCUUUACCGUGAGGCUUCUUGCCUCUGAUGGCGAUUCAGAACAUGUAUCUCAUUCCCACUGAGGUCACGGGCCUCCGUAACCUGAAAAAUAAACUUACAAAAACAACGGUUAGCACUGUGAGAUUUACAGUGCAAGCAGAAAGUAUUUAUUUUAAUCAGUAGUCACACUCAUCCCCACAUGCAUGUGCACCUACCAAUCUGUACAAAAGAGUUUCAGAGCUGAGAAUCUCUUUUUCAAUAAUAGUUUGCGGAGCAUGCUAGCCAAAGCAAAAUACGCUAGUAUCGGACAGAGUCUAUGCAACGGGACUCAGAAUAAAUUGUCCUUAAGACUCUCUUUCCCGGAAAUGUUAAAACACAGGAAUUGGGGAAUGCCCUUCCUUUUGAGUUUAGGAUAAAAACAGUUCUGCCCAAGCUUAUCCUUUGGGAGACAUACACGUUGUUUUGGAAAUUGCAUGGAAACUGAGCAAAGGCAAGAUGAAUAAUCCAAUAAACGGGAGGGGGGGGAUUCUAUUUUGAAGCCAUGAAGAAUAACCAUUAUAAAGACUUACCUUGUUGAUUUAAGCAUGGCCCUAGCUAUUUCAAAAAGACAGUGGUCAUAUGGAGGUUCAGUAUGUAGCAAAAUUAGUUUAUUAUUUUUGCAUUAUUAAGCUUUAUUUUUGCUUCUGGAGGCAUCAAACAGUAGAUUUUUGCACUGACCUAAUAAUGUUAUGCUAGAUUGACAUUUAGUAUGAAAAGGGAGGCUGUUCCUUAUGUUGCAUAUCAUUUCAUGCAAAGCAACUUCAUAUCCUUUCCAGAGAAAAUGAGAAAAUGAAGCAGUUGCAGAAAAAUUGUAUCUUCUUAUAUUUAACACCACGGUUGAAUCCUUCUGUUAGAAUGAUUUUUGGCAUUUCUAAUGGAGGACACUUUUAUACUAUCUGUAAACUGUUCAUGCUUGGUAUCUAUCAAGGAGAGAGUGAAUAAUGUGGAUUGAUCUAUCACAUAGAAUUUCCGUAGUGUAAUAAGAAUUUCUCACUAUCUUCCCAAACUUCUACAAUUGGCAAUUUUUAGAUUUAAAGAUGUGCUGAAUGGAUAAAAAGAAGCUCUUUUCUAUCACCCAUUCUGCCUAUGGCUUUAUUGUGAAUUUUUCAAUAUUAGGCUAGAUUCAAGAAAGCCACUGUUGUUUUGCAAUAUAUCAAUUGAGUCAGUACAAACUGGUUCAAAAACCACUUGCAUGGAAAUAAUAUGAAACAUUCUACCCCAUGCCCUGUUAAUAACCCAAACCUAUAAAAUUUUGUUCACUGCUACUGAAAUGGCAGGUGCAAUUCAACAAUUGUCAUCCAAACUGCUAUAUGGCAAGGUGGACCUAAGUCUUCGCAGGUCUCCAACACCACUGACACAAUUCAGUGGCCUCCACUAGAAAUCAUGAAUGGAAGUUGGUCUGUCCAUCAAUUUUGUUCAGACAUGAAUAGGUCAUGAAAUAGUGAAGAACAGAAACAUUUUUGGGAUGGAGGCCAUGUUGAUGAGGCCCUUCAUACAAACUCAUGCAGCAUUCAUUAAAAACCAGUACGACAACUCGCGAGACAUGCAGUCACCUAAAUUCCCUCGGCAUUUUCAUUGCCUUCUUAUAUAAUAUAUAUAUGUAUGUAUGUAUGUAAGUAUGUAUGAAAUAUACUGACAAAAUAAUGUAAGCUAAUCAAUAAGUUUUUUCUAAAAAAAAAAAUGAAAUUUACACAAAGUAUUUAUUUUUUUGUUUUUGGCCCUGUUGCUUUUAUUUUUCAUCUUUGAUUUUUGCAGCUCCCUUCAUUCCUCCUACCCCAUAGAAUAUUCUCUGUGCGACUAACCUGUCACCUCCAGAUGCACUGGGAUUUUUUCCCCUGAAAUUCUGGGAGCCUUAAAUCCUAAUAUAUCUGGGAAAUACCAGGUCUGGGGAGUGGUGACAGUAUAAAGCUUUCGUUUUGUUAACGUGACCAUACUGAGCAAAGUGUCAAAACACGAGGUCAGUUCCAUCUCCUGAAUGCUAUAAAAGCAGCAGCUUCUAAUUGUAUGCCCCGGGGCAAUGUCAUUAUACAAUAUUCCUCAUCCCAUCCCACCCCACCCCAUUGUUCAUCCUCUGCCUGAGCAAAUGAGCACGAAUGCAUUUGUACUUUAUCACUGAAUGACGUGAGGGAUAACGGUGCGCGUAUGUGUGAAAGUGUGCGAAGAGAGAUUCAUUUCUGGAUAUUGUUGUAUAAAGCAUGAGUUUUGUGAUGGAGAAUUGUUGAGACAGGUACUUGGAUGGAGUGGGAACAUCAGUUUUUGGCAUCAUCACCCAGGCUCCGAGCCCCAUCCAUAGCCAGAUGGGAUGCUGGAGACUGCGAGAUUUAUUCUUUAUGUUUGUGCUGAAUGUCUCUCUCCUUCCGAAAAAUUCAAGCAAGAUGAUUUUCCCCCCUUCCUUCCCCCGCCUCACCUGCAACUGUCUCACCCUGCCAUUAACCAAUUAGAAAAAGACUGUGUCUAUAUAGAUAUAUAAAUAUUAUAAAUAUAUAUAUUUUUUGAAAGUCUCUAUUUUUCAGAUUUCAUUUUUUUCCCCACUGCUUUCAAAAUUGUCCCUGUACUCAGUGCUUGCUACCUUGUCACAGGAAAAAGUAUAUUGGAAGUUAAUGGUUCAUGCCUUUUUUUUUUUUUUUUGACACUCAGAUGAAAGUAAGUUGAUAUAAGUAUCCAGUAGUCACAUAUCAGUAAAUACAUUGGUAGGCACAUGCACGUGAACAAAAUAUCUGCUUUCAGCCAUGCCUUGCACACUGUUCCUGUACUAACUCACGAGCUAAAGAUGGAAAGUUUAAGAUCCCUCUCUUUUUAGCCCACUCGCUGAGGCAAAGCCUAAUCACAUUAUACAGCUUAUUGCUUGUCCAGUUUGUAUCGAGACAGUGCAGCGUUUUAGGAAUAAACUUGUACUUAUGUAGAUCACCUUCCAGGUCCUUCUCUCAGCCUAGGGUUCUUAAAAUGUAUGUGAGGCAAAACACCCAAAAGGACAGUUUCUAGAACUAAUGGGAAAUUUGACUCACCUCUAAACCCUACAAUCUUUUUGCAUAUGUUGGUUGGGUAAAAAAAUGAUGACUUUUAAUAAACUUUCCUCAAGUGGCAUGUUGGGCUACUCCGGUUAUGUGUGAGGAUGUAGACCAAAGACUAAAGUCACGAUGGACUGUUGAUCCAGCCAUGCCAGAAAGGAUUGUCUUGGAUAUAUAAGAACUGAAAAGGGCAACUAGUUUUCAUUCUAUUGCCACAACUUUGGUUUUAUCUCCUUCCUUUUCUAGAAUCUCUAACAAAAGGUUGUUAGGCUAAGCCACCUUCCAUUAACCUGAUGUCCUCUCAAUGGGACUACAAGUCCCAGAAUUUCCAAUUAACAUGUGGGUUAACAUGAUCAAUGAGUUCUAAGAGUACCCAUACCACGCUAUCUAGUGAGCAGCCAAUUGAGAAAAGCUGCUCUAAUUCAUGUGCCUUAUUCACUGGUUCAUCUAGUGAUUUGCUCCAGAUGUGAGUGAAUGACUGGCUAUAUCAAUCUUCUUCUUUUUUUGACUUAAUCACAAAUCCAACUUUAGCAGUGGCACAAAGAAACUUUCGUGAUGCAGGGCAGACAAACUCUGGUCCAGGCUCAUUUACUUUGCUUUUCUUGAGCUUCAAACCCCUGGGAGAGCUGUUGGUUUGUUUCUGAGAUUUUAGAGAUAUCAGCAAGCAGGCUUUUCUCUGAAAAAAGCCCCUCCAUUUCACGUCCAAUACCUGGGACUCAGGUCUAAUGUAAUUUUAGCACAUGUAUGUUAUGUAAUGAUUUAGAAGAUGUUGGAUUUUAUACCGAAUGCACUCAAAGCACCCUCUGCGCACAGAGUAUUACAUAAUCUUGCCAAAGAAACCUAUUUGAAAUGCACUUUUCUUCGUUGUACAUUUAUUCUUGUGUGGCUCUGCCCUUCCCCCCCCAUUUUUAAAACACUCUGUUUAAAUUGUGUUUGCUAGUGAAUUUUCCUCUAGCAAUUUCUGAAAUUCUGUCUUGGAAUAAUUGGGUGAUUUAGCUAAUUGUAUAUGUAGCUUGAUAUUUAAAGAAAGUUCCUGAGCAGUAAAACAGCCAAAUUAUAUUGCAUUUGUGAGAGAGAGCAGGAGGUAAGCCAUUAUAAACUCACCGACCUUAAACUGCAACAUUUCUUCCCUCCGAGCUGUUGUAUGAAGCUCUCACAGUGGUUUGUUUAAAUCUCAUGUCUAAAAGUAGCUAUUUUCUAAAUUUCCUUCUCAGCAGCAUUAAUAAAUAAUAUCUGACAAAUAAAUAACAUUUAAGCAGGCCCAGGCUUAUUUAUAACAAAGAAAGGCAUCUUGGUUAAACUGGGACAGAACUUUAGCAGACAGAAGAGUGCUCCUGUUGUCCUUAGAUGUAUCCUAAAUGUCAAUAUGGAAGGAAAACAAUUUUCUGAUUGGUCAAUAUAGAUUAAAGAAGCCGCCAUCUUGUCCUUUCUCAUUAGCAGCAAAUUGGCUUGGAUUAGCCUAAUGUUAGAGUCAAGAAUGUGCCUUUUUAUCCUAACAGAGCUGGCAGGCAUUGGCAAAUAUUUUUUAAAAAAAUCAUCUUCUUUUAUAGAGGUCAUUUGAGACGCAGCUCAAUAUAGACAUGAGGAAUAAGUUCCCAUCAGUUCAUUAUAAUACAGAUGUUGACAUACCGGGCUGUUUUUUCAUAUCACGGUUCACUGAUUGUCCUUAGUUAAGAGGCAGACAUUGGCCCAAAUGAUUAAAAAAAAACAAAAAAAACCAGCCACAUUGGACCAAUAGCCCAACAGGCAGCUUAUAUAUCUGUUUCCAUCUGCAGUUAAAGUGAAUGUGCUGGAGAAACAAAUGGGAAGAGGAAACAGGGCUGAGUUAACUCUUCUGGCAGUAAUAAGUUUGAAUAGUUCAUAAAAGGUUGAUUCAAAACAGGCUCUAUUCAAGUUAUUUUUGUGCUGUGUAUUUAAGAAAUAUUUGGCAAAAGAGCAAGCUGGUGAUAAGAUGUAUCCUGCUAAAUUUCAGGGCAAAUGUUACACUGACUUCAUGGAAUAUCUAUGUAAGACGCACUGAAAAGUAAUCUGAAAUACUAGCUUUUGAUCUGUUGCCCUCUGCCAUUUUUCACUAUUAAAAGCAAGACUAUCUCUUCACUAACAUGAUCAAGGACCACUGCGGGACCUUUCUUCUAUGCAUUAAAUGAAGUGGUUUAAACAAAUAAACACACAAUUAUAUUAUCAGCAUUCUUGCCAAUUCUUGGGUAGUGUCUUCUAUAUUAAUCAUGCAUAGUUAUCCAGAAAGCUGCAGGACUUUUUCUGGAUGUCUUCAAAUACUGGCUGGACAUCCUUUUGAUAAGGAUUUCUUUUUCUGGAUUUCCUGAUUUGAACAGGAAGGUUAAAACAAAUGGCUUGAGGCUCCUCCAACUUGACUUCUACUAGCAUGAAACAGGUGGGAUGUGGAUUGUCAUCCCUUUCCUAGCAUCAUGUUUCCAGAAAUAGUAAUUUUUAUUCCAAUGGAUGUUCUGCUGAAUAAUAGCACUUCAAAAUCAAUGGUGCGAUCCAAAGAGAACAUUGUCAACCUUGGCAUUAGAACUACUCAGAUUCCACUUCUUUGGCUGUAGAGUACUCUCAAUGGACAUACCAGAACAUAAUCCCUUAAUCAGAAUUAGGAACCAACCAACCAUCGAUUUAUGAAGUUUCUAGAUAUAAUUCUUUUUUUAAAAGAAUGUUUUAGAUGUUUUACUGUGGAAGAUUGCUUUGAGCUGACUAGACUCUAGAAGAAGCAGAAAGCAACUUGUCAAAUCAGUUCCUAUCAGGAAAUAUUCCAUCUAGUGAUUCUCUUUUCUACGUUUAUUUUUUCAGAAGAUAUCCCAUUUUGCUUAGUUUUAUUUGAAUUUUAAAUGAAACGUCGUACAUGAUUUCAAUAGUAUUAGAGCAAUAAAUACAUAGAAGAAAAUUAAUUUUGGAAGGGAGGGAGUCUGUCCUAACUGAGCUCAGAAAAGUCAGUUAAAAGUUAGCAGUAGGGACAGAACCAUCCCUGAAUAGGUUGAUUGCCUGUGCAUUGUUAAAUUCUCUGCCUUAGAUAUACACUUAGAUGGAAACGUUUCUGUGUAUAAUGCAAGGCAAUGAAUAUCAACAUUUCUUCUGCUGCAACUGUUUGCAUAGUUCCAAUCUCUUUUUAAAAACUGUGGUUCUUUGCUUUCCCAGCAAUGUUGUUCCACAGUUUUUGAUCUUCUCACCCUCAUGAUUAAAAAUCCAGAGGUCAAUAAUCCAGAGGUCAGUAAUAAUGAGAUAGUAAUAUAUCUAUGAAGGCUCCUAUAAUUGUCCAUAUAUGCCAUUUAUGCAUCUCACUAUUCUUAUCUUCUUCUCUAUUCUUUAGAGAAUACUCUAAAAUGUUGAGCGCCUAGAAACUGAAAAAUGACAUUUUACUUUUAACUACCAAAUACCACCACCACCCCAGAAAUUACAGAGGUUAAACGAAUAAUGUGUUUAGGAUUGGCUAGAUGUUUUUGCUACAGCAGGGCCUUCCCAAACCAAUGGAAUCCUCAUUAUUUACUUCUGGGUUUCCCAACCUUGGCAACUUCAAGACGUGUGGACUUCAACUCUCAGAAGAAGUCCACAUGUCUUAAAAUUGCCAAGGUUGGGAAACUCUGAUUUACACGAAUAAUCCCUUUGUAUAUCAUCAACUUACUUCAUGACUGCUGUGAUGGAAACUUUCAGAAUGAAUCCAAACAACACAAAUCAAGCAUCUAAUUUAUCUCCAUGGGGGGAAGAAAUGCAUCCAAUGAAUUUUGGGUUUAUAUCUAGUAAGACUGUCAUUAGAAUUGCCAAUAUAAACUGGGGGGGAUCCUUAUUAAAAUUGUGACUUAUUGACUUUGUUUUGUUACUUGCCUGGACUAUUGUUGUUACAAAUUUCUUGCCAGUAUUUAUGACUAUACGAAACCAUGUUUCUUUUCUUUCUUGCAUCUCUCCUUUUUUUUAAACCCAGACAGAAAUGUUCACUUACACAUAACAUAGAGAGUAGCAAGAAGGAAGGGAAAAAUAAACCCAAAUACAUCCCCUUUUUAUGUGUUUAUAUAGACAGAAUUCUCUCUAUAUUUUACCGCCUAAGCUUUCCUUUCCCUUUGUACAGUAAUUUCUUGACUCAUUGCGGUUCCUAGUAUGGCUUUAUCAACAAUAAGAUUUUAAACCAAAUCAAUUAUAUCAAAUAUGCUGUUGCUUGAAUUGCCCAGCUUGGUAUCUGGAUUGUUGGAAUUAUAUCUCAAACUUUAAGGGAGUGAAGGAAUAAAGACUCUCUACUUUUUGCACAGGG